AAGACUAAACAUUUGACCAACUUGUGAAAGAGCGUAAAAUGAAACCUUCUUAAAACAUUAAUGUACAACGGAUGCACCUAGUUUUAGAUUAUUAAAGCUUUUCUCGUUGUUUAGUAUGCUUCAGUUUUGCUUUAUGAGCGCAAAAAAUUGAACAACUUUCACAUUGCAGCAAUAAAAUUCAACGGCUAUCAACAUGGCCUAUUCAAGCACUUCUAGAAUACAAUCAAACAACGAUGCACUUAACUGUUCGGUUUGCGCGGAUUUUAUAGCUGAUCCUCGCGCAUUACCUUGUGGACAUUCUUACUGUGGUCCAGCAAAAAUGUGUCUAAGAGCACUCCAAAGACCCGGCGGUGUAUUGCGAUGCGCAAUCUGCAGCACAGAGUAUACUAGAAGAAUUGAAGAUUUGAAGCCUUUAUACGGAAUAAGAGAACAUUUAGAAGGAUACUCAUCAGAAAUCAGCGCGUAUCAGAAAGAAAUUGAAGAACUGCGGAACAAAAUGGACAAUCUGCAGACAAAACUAUCAUUUAUUCCUCCAGUUUGCUCGCACAACUUAUGCGAAAAUUUAGUUUCUUUCUGGUGUAAAGAAUGUGAAGUGGAGAGUUGCGACGACUGCCUUGAAACAGAUCAUGACAAGCAUUCAGUUUUGGGGUACAAAAAACAUCUGAGAAGAAGGGUUGAGAUGAAACUUCAGAUGCUCGCAAAAGCAGGAGACAACAAAAAACGCAGCGAUGAGCUGCUCAAAAAAUUAGAAAAAAAAUUGGACAGAAUCAAUAAAGAUCUUGUUCACUACCGAUCUUUGGAGACACAAGUCAGAUCAGUGGAAAAAGCCAACAGUGAACUUUCCAAAAAUUUGGAUCAUCUUCAUAAUUUCGCAAAAGGAAUUAGAGAGUGCAGCUGGGAAUUGAUUCAAAAAUUUCUAUCUGAGAACUACGAGUUUCCAGAAGAUGGCAUUGAAGAGCCAAAUGAAAAAACAAUUCAGAAGGAUAUCUCAUCAAACGAACCGUAUCCAAGCCAGAACAGUUACAGAGGAACUAUCGGAAUCAACUUUGGAUGUCCACGGCGAAAACUUCCAGACUACGAUGAAAAAUUUUGGUCACCCGUAAUAUUGUUAGGAGGGAUAGGAUUUCAAAUUGGGAUUUUAAAAGUGAGAAGUCCAAUUCACAACAACCAUCCCAUGCUGCAAAUUCUAUUCCAAACUACCAGUAGAACCCCAGACAAACUGAAACUGAAUUUUUUUGCAACAAAUCACACAACUCGGAAGUGUCAUUUCGAGAAAGCCAUUACAAAAUGUGAUCAAUCAGGUUGCAUUUUUUCUGUUCUUUGGAACCAACUUCUCGAAAAACAGAAGAAUUGGCUAGACUCAGAAGGGAACCUAAUAAUUUACUGCACAUUAGAAUGA